GUUACUCCCACUCCGCUGCUGCAAAAUCAUCCAUACAUUGAGGCCUUUUCAGUUCCAUGCGGUGGGAUUACUGAUUCCGAGCGUUGAAUCCGAGUUUGGCCGGCAACCAUAUGCACUGAAUGAGAAGAAUAUGAUUGGACUGUUCCUAUGGUCAACCCACUGGAUUGAAACGCCAACGUGUGGGACCCAGUGGUCCUCCGCGCCGACCCUUUUAGGGCGGACAGUUCUGCAAGCCUCCCUCUCCAGUCUCAAGUCUGUCCAGCGUUAGCCUAAGGGGUCUGUGUGAAACUCCAUCUCCAUGUACAGGCUUGCAGCCUCCCGCCUCAGGGCCUUAACGGCCCGUUCAUGGACUGGGGCAUCAGCCAGAUUUGCAAGCUCAAGUUCCGUUACCACAAAACAACCGUCUUCUGGCUCAGGUGAUAUAUUUGGUUGGCUCACUGGAGAGCGAUCCGUGCCCUUACCUCCUCUGGAUUUUCCACUUCCAAGCAUCACACUUCCACCUCCUCUGCCAGAUCAUUUUGAGCCAGGUAAAACCAAGGUUACUACACUUCCAAAUGGUGUCAAGGUGGCCUCCGAAACAUCAGCGACUCCAGCGGCCUCAAUAGGCUUAUACAUAGAUUGCGGCUCAAUCUAUGAGACACCAUUGUCAUUUGGAGCUACACAUUUGCUAGAGCGUAUGGCCUUCAAGAGCACUAGAAACCGUAGCCACUUCCGGAUAGUUCGUGAGGUAGAGGCAAUUGGGGGCAAUAUGCAGGCGUCAGCUUCUAGAGAGCAGAUGGGUUACACUUUUGAUGCUUUGAAGACAUAUGUUCCUGAAAUGGUGGAGUUACUUAUUGAUUCCGUGAGGAACCCUGUGUUUCUUGACUGGGAGGUCAAUGAGGAGCUUCUGAAGGUGAAAGCUGAGAUUAAUGAAGCUUCCAAAAACCCUCAAGAUCUUCUUCUAGAGGCUAUUCAUUCUGCUGGCUUUGUUGGUGCUUUGGCAAAUCCACUUUUAGCCCAAGAAUUGGCUAUAAGUAGACUAAAUGGUACAAUUCUGGGAGAUUUUGUCGCUGAGAACUACACUGCACCUCGGAUGGUACUUGCAGCUAAGGGUGUUGAGCAUGAGGAGCUGCUAUCGGUUGCAGAACCUCUAUUGUCUGAUCUUCCUAGUGUACCACAUCGGGAGGAGCCAAAGUCAGUGUAUACUGGUGGUGAUUAUCGAUGUCAAAGUGAAUCAGGGGUGACCCAUUUUGCUCUUGCCUUUCAACUUCCUGGUGGUUGGCAUAAGUUGAAGGAGGCAAUGAUUUUGACUGUUCUUCAGAUGCUACUGGGAGGUGGCGGUUCAUUCUCAGCUGGUGGACCGGGUAAAGGGAUGUAUUCAAGGCUUUAUCUCCGUGUUCUGAAUAAGUACCCGCAAGUUCAUUCUAUUUCUUCAUUCAACAACAUUUACAAUAACACAGGCAUAUUUGGUGUCCAAGUCACAACAGAGUCAGAUUUUGCAUCAGAAGCCAUUGAUAUAGCAGUUAAUGAACUACUUGCUGUUGCUACUCCAGGAAAAGUUGACCAGGUACAGUUGGAUCGUGCGAAACAGGCCACCAAAUCUGCCAUCCUGAUGAACUUGGAAUCAAGAAUGAUUGUCGCAGAAGAUAUAGGAAGACAGAUUUUGACGUAUGGUGAGAGGAAACCUGUGGAGAAUUUCUUGAAGGCAGUGGAUGAAGUGACUUUGCAAGAUAUUGCCUCAAUUUCUCAGAAGCUCGUUUCUUCCCCUCUCACAAUGGCAUCACACGGGGAUGUCGUCUAUAUUCCGAGCUAUGAUUCGGUGCGCAGUAAGUUCCGUUCAAAAUGAGAAUCCUUUUUAAUAAUCCUUCAAAAGUGGAGAAAUUGGUUAAAUUAGGCCGAAGUCCUAGAAGGAGCAAAUGAGUAAGGGCGGAGGGCUCAAAUGCAGACUGUCCCUACAAGAUUGGUUGGCAAAUCGGAGCUUCACAAAUCACAAGAUUCCCUAGGAAAGCAUGCAUUAGUAUUAGGUCAUCUGAGUCUUAUUUGUGGACGCUAGACCCAAGAAGUACAACGCUACAUGAGGUUUAGUGGGUUACGACUCCCAGACUCGUUUAGUUCUUAUUUUGUUGGGCUUUUGCCCCGUUUCUAAUUUAAAAAAAAAAGUAAAAAAAUACACUUUGUUGA